UAUAAAUCAUUCCAAAACAGAGGAGGAUUAAGGAGAUAUUGGAUAUUUGGAUUCUGUCUCCUUCUCCAACCUACCUCUGAGGCUCUGAUACCUUGCCAGGUGAACUGAAACGAUAAAACAUGCUUGGCAUCUCUCAAUGGGAACUUCAUCAAUUUGUUUCAAAUUCUCGAUUUUCCUCUCUCUAUCUCUCGCCGUUUCUUCUUCUUCUUCCUCAUGCUCAUCAUUCUUUCAUCGAGUUUUCUCAUGUCCGAUAAGUGCUUCUUCUUCUUCUUCUUCCUCAUUCACUCCCAAAGCGUCUGCAUCAGAUAUCCUCUUACUCCUCGGAAGCACAGAACAAGCGUCCACGGUUAGCCCCAGAGAAGCCCAGGAGCUCAAAUCCUGCUUCAAGUUUCUCGUACCAUUUCAUCCGGUUCCCGCGGAGAAGGAAUUCGGAACAGCUUGGUACCGAGGAAGAAAUGUUCUCUCUACAGAAGAGGAUAACAAACGGAAAUUGACGAGGAAGUUUAUCUCAGGCAGCAACAGAAGGCAUGAGAACGAGCUCGUUUGGUGGCCGCCGGAAUCGGUGAUGGAGCUCGCUCGUAUCGCCGUUGACUCUGGCGGGGAUCCUGCCGCCAUACAGAGAAUUCUAGAUCCAACACCAUUGCCUGUGCCUGAUGUCGAAGGAUCAACAAAGGAACAGUGUGAGCUUACAAGGACUCCGUACGGUAGACGCUUCAUCAAUGAGGAAUUGAACUCCUAUCUUGCAUUCUUAUUCGAAGUUAUUGUUGCUCGAGGUCCCUCUGUCGGAUUGACUGUAUCAUUAAAUCGCUAUGACUUCUUCCAUGGCCAUGUUUUUGUUGCGGCAGACUCUGGAAGGCUUGGUAUAUUGUUCCAUGCUAAAGAAUACCCAGCUUAUGAAAAGGAAGUAUUUCCUUACACUAUGGGCUUUUGUCAAAUAGGAUCCAAUGUCAGAUACGAUGAUUCAAUGAAUCUGCGGAACAUUCUCUGGUUGGCUCCAUUGCCUAGCAAUUCCGCUAAAGCUUGGCUGGCACCUGGAGUCCUGGUGGUCCUGGAUGCUUAUCCUGGAGGAGUCGUAUAUGAGGAUAUCAUACCAGAUUAUGUAAAAUUUGCAAGGACUAUCUAUGAAGAUGAUUUCGGGGAUGUUGUAGUUGACGUCAACUACUUGAAUAUAGGAGAAGGGACUGCUGAUUACAAGAUUUUCAUUUGUUGAACCCUUUUUAAGAAGAAUCCAAGUAAAAGAAGAUGGUUGAAACAAAGCACUACAUGGAAACCACUAUCUGCAGAGACUUGAGGAUCCUUAAUUAUUCGCAUUUGUCACCCUUGAUGGUUGUUCUCAACUGGUGAGGUUGGCUUGAAGAGCAGAUGAAACGAAGUUGAAGUAGAGAAUUACCUUGUGGAAAAUUUCUCUCUGUAGGUCCCUUGUGAUUUUUCAUCCUUUACUCAUCAUGCUCAUUGAAAUUUGAAUUUACUUAAAAACCUCUAUAAUGGAGUGAAUUGGAAUGUUUGGAUGGCCAACCAACCAUGAAGGUUGUGUCUAAUUGGAAGGGAAAUGGAAAAUUAAAAUGAAACUUUUUCUUC